AUGGCACCGUCCUUGGACUCAAAGCCUGACCGCAAAGACGAUGUCGAGUCAAACGUCCCCGACGUUGCUUAUGGUCCCAAUGGAGAACCCAGUCAUAACAUCGAGGGUUAUUACAGAUUCGACCCCAAGGUGGAGCAGAGGGUCGUUCGGAAGCUCGAUGCGAGGCUUAUGCCGCUUAUUUUCUGCCUGUACAUCUUCAAUGCCAUCGACCGGUCAAAUUUGGGCAAUGCAAAGACGGAGGGACUGGAGACCGACCUUCACUUCCAUGGGAAUGACUAUUCGAUAAUGCUUUCAGUGUUCUACAUACCAUUCUGUACCCUCACCGUUCCGGCGAUCGCACUCUCAAAGAAAAUCGGGGCUAAAGUGGCGCUCCCACUCUACAUGUUUACUUUUGGCGGACUGUGUAUGAUUAAUGCUGCGGUCAAGAACUUUGUUGGCUGUCUGGUCGUGCAGCUAUUCCUUGGUGCAGCAGAAGCCGGAUUUGCUGUGACCAUCAUCUGGCGUGGUGAGCUUGGAAAGCGUGUCGCUGUGUUCUUCUCAGCGCUUGCUUUUGCGGGCGGAUUCUCUGGGCUGAUCGCAUACGGGGUGUUUCAGCCGGAUAUCCGUCUUCAAGGUUGGCAGCUACUCUUCCUCGUCGAAGGCGCUGCAACUGUCUUCUUCUCGAUCUUGGCAAUAUUCAUCCUGCCCGUAAAUAUCGACUCGGCGCCCUUUUUCUCGUCAGAAGAAAAGCAUGUCGCAUGGACACGUAUUCUCCGUGACUGGUCUGCAGUCAUGAACGAAAAGCUCACCUCUCAAGCUUUCUUCGCUCCCCUCAAAGACUGGAAGCUCUACGUUUGGGCGUUAAUCGCCAUCUGUUAUGGAGUAGCUUCUUCGUCGACUGGGACUUUCCUCCCUCAGAUUAUUGGACGAAUGGGAAAGAGCAACUUGACGACGAAUCUGCUCACGGUCGCACCCAACUUUGUCGGUGGUUUUGCUGUGCUACUCACAGCAGCCUCGUCAGAUUAUUUCCGAGAGCGGUCGUUGCAUAUUGCUGGUACGAUGACUGUAACGAUGAUCGGCUUCAUCGUUCUUGAUACCGUUGACGUAUCGAAGACUGGUAUUCAGUACUUCGGUUCCUUCCUAUUGUGUCUUGGGGCAUUCACGCCUUCGACCGUUUUCCAUGUGUGGCAUAAUUGCAACUUCCUCGCUGUGGGCAUAAGCCUCGUCCUCAGCUUGCGUACGCGGAGGAACAGGGCUCAGGGUGUGAACUGGUCGAGCAAAGACGUGCCGACGGCAGCGCUCGCUGUCGGCGUGGCGAGCCCAGAGUUUAGGCAUUUCCUUUAA